GAUAGUUACAUUCUGAGGGUUUGUUCAGUUGUCCGGGUGUUUAGUCGUGCUAUCUCGGGUUCAAUCUUACACGCAUCUAGAGACUUACGGUGGAAAUCUACCAAAAUGGGUUCAUUGCUCUUGGGUCUUUUCUGUAUCUCGGUGCUGGAUUUAGCCUACAGCCAGACAACCCUGCGCCAAGUCGAGACGCUCUACAACCGCUAUUUCCACAGGGCGCAUGGAGAUGGAACAUACUACGGCAAGUACCCAACUGGCAAAGGCGCAUGUACCCUAGAUCCUCUAGCACCGCUGGCCAAUCAGCCAGGCUGGAUCAGGGUCGCGGCUGGAGCGCCUAAUUACCAGUCCUCCCUCGGCUGCGGGAUGUGCGUUGAGAUUGAUGGGAAGGGCGAGGGACUGGGACUAGACCCUAUCAAGGGCAGGAGGAAGGCUAUCAUACAUGAUCUGUGUGUUGGCUGCGUGGAGGAUGGUUCCAUGGACUUAUAUGUAAAGGGUGACGGACGAUGGAAGAUCAACCUUGUCGCUAUAGAUUGUCCUUCCCUGCCAGGACCAGCAGGGGAUAUCCAAUUCCGAUUCCAGGGCAGCAAUCCGUGGUACAUAAAGCUUCAAAUCAGGAAUACUGUCGUCCCCGCAGCAGGUGUGGAGGCGCUGGUUGGUGGAAGGUAUCACUGCCUCAAGCGAGUUAGCGACAACUUCUUCGUGGGCAUGGGACUCGGACAGUUCUACUUUCCGCUCCGUGUCCGGCUAACAUCCAUUUCCGGACAGCAAGUUGAGACGUUUGUGCCAGAAAUGAAGGAUGAUGUCUCGUUUCCGAGCGGUGUUCGAUUUGGUGGAAUUAAGGUUGGCGCGGGUCCAUCAAGCAUCGUGUGCUUUGGACAAGGAGAUAGAGCUCCGUACCCACCAGGAGGGAUGGCACCAGGUCUUGCCCCGACAAGCGGUGGAAUAAACACACCUUUUCCUACCCAACCUCCACCAGAACCGACAACGGUACCACCCCCUAACCCGACCACGAUCUCACAAGGAUCCGGGGGAACAGUUGGCGAUGGGUUUUGCGCUGGAAAGACGAGCGGUGUUCCCCUGGCUGACCCCUCGGACUGUCACGGAUUUAUUAUUUGUUCACUAGGCAAAGUAAACAAGUUCACAUGUGGACCCGUGCUCAAGUUCAACCCUAAGGCCAACGGCUGCGAUUUUCCCCAAAAUGUACAGUGUUAGUGAGACCAUAAGGCGAGCUAUUGUGAGAAAUGCGUUAGAUUUGUUCUUGUACGGAACGGAGGCUUGCCGUAACGUUACAGAAAUAGCUAGAUCUUAACCUUUCCUUUCUGAAGGGUAUCAUUGGUCCGUGUAAUGGAAUAUAACCUUGAAGAAAUAAAAUAAAAAAAUUACAGGGUA